AUGGCAGGCUGGGCUCACGCCUUCAAGCUGUCCAAGCAGGAGUUGGCAGAGUCUGAGCCUCCUGGAACUUCACGACUCGUCGAACAUGAACUUCACCGCACGCGUUCUGGGCGCGACACGAACUCGGACACGAUUGUUCUGAUUCCUCAGCCUACACAGAGUCCUCUGGACCCGCUCAAUUGGCCAGUAUGGCGCAAAUACGCUGUCCUUCUGACCAUGUCUCUCUUCGCCUUCCUCGCCAGCUUCGGCUCAGCCGCGAUUGCUCCAGCGCUCCCAUUGCUACAAUAUCAGAUUUUACCACCACGGUCGCUGGCCGAGCUUGCCCAUCUCGUUGCUGUCAAUGUCCUACUGAUCGGAUGUUCGAACAUCUGGUGGGUGCCGUUGAGCAACACCUUUGGGCGUAGGCCAAUUCUGAUCAUCUCGAUGCUUAUCUCCAUCUUUGCGAGCAUGUGGGGCGGUCUGGCUACGUCGUUCAACAGCCUUCUUGCAGCAAGAGUGAUUCAGGGUAUCGGGUUCGGGCCAGCUGAUACCAUCGCUCCGGACUGUGUCGGCGAUGUCUUCUUUGUGCACGAGCGUGGGCGUGCUAUGGCUAUCUACACAGUCUUCCUUGCCUGCGGUAGCUUCAUCAGUGGUCUUACUGGAGCCUACAUCGCUGGUAAUCUUGGAUAUAAAUACGUCUUCUGGAUAACGAUGGCGCUGUUCGCCUUCAACUUACUGCUGGAGAUCUUCCUCGUGCCGGAGACCUUAUUUGAUCGCCACGCACACCUACUCGCCGAGCAGCACCCCAGCGUGACUGGCGAGGCCUCAAUCGUUGAAGAGAAGUCGAAGGUUUCAACGGUCGAGCGACCUGUGCCCGUCGGCAGCAUAUCAUUUGGCCAAAGCAUGAAGGUUGGACUUUACCGUGGCGACCUGUUGAAGCACUUCGUGGAUCCGUGGCGCAGUCUUGCAUUCCCAGGCACCUGGGUCGUCAUGUUGCACUACGGCGGUCUGCUCGGUGGAAUCGUGACGAUCUCAACCGUGGGUCCUGUCUUCUUGGCCAUGCCUCCGUACCUGUGGGGCAAGAAUGUAGGACUGCUAAACGUCGGAGCACUUAUUGGAGGUUUCCUGGGCUUCCUCUUCACAUACUUCUUGGCCGAUCGCUUGACAACCAGAAGCGCUAAAAAGGAGUCUCAUGGUCUUGCCGAGCCUGAAUCUCGUCUUCCUGCCAUGUUCCCAGCACUUUUACUGGCUACAACAGGCAUCUGGGCUUUUGGCUUCUCCGCUACGCACCCAUCUCCACAUGCGUGGGCUGGUAUGGUCGUCGGUUAUGGCAUGGUCGGCUUUGGUAUCAUGCAGAUCCCCUCUAUUGGCUUCAACUACCUGCUGGACAGCUACCAUUCGAUCUCGGCAGACUGUUUCGUCAUGACUACCAUCUCUCGAUCAGUAGUCUCCUUUGCCUGGACCUUCUUUGUGGCUCAAUGGGUCGGUGUGGCAGGACCCGCGCUUCCAUUUGGGAUUUUUGGUAUGCUGAUGGGCAUAUUCGGCCUUCUUGUCAUUCCUCUGUGGUUGUAUGGUAAGAGGAUGAGGAUCGCUACAGCAGCAUAUCUGCCUAUGCGUGAGAACCACUAG